UAUGGCAGUGACCGCACAGCUAAGCUCGGUGCCCGAAGUGGAGAGAGACCCAGACGGCACCUUCAAGUACAUUUUCGUGCGAGCGCAGCACAGCGCUGACAAGUACCGCAAUAUUGUCAGGGACGCCGCUGCCAAGUUACACAAUCACAUAUUUGAAAAAGUAAAUCCUGAAAUGGAGAAACUAGGUUUUGUAUGCAAGUGCCUUGGAGGAGAAAAAAUUGAGCAUAAUAGUAAAGAAAAGAAAAUCCAUGUAUUUGGUCUUUCUACAUGUUAUGGAAAAGCUGAUCAUGCUAUGUCAGUGGAACUACUGAAGAGAACCUAUAGGGACUAUGAAAGUAGUUGGUCAGAUGACGAGAAGUGAAUUGCUGCUGCUGUGUAUUUUGAACUAUGAAGUCAGUCCUUUUUCUUUUCAGGAUAGUGUGGACUUGCAUCACAAAAUACAGCCAAGUGAAUUUUGUUUUUGC